AAACCAGUUUGCAUAGGUAACCACCACUAUAAAUUCAUAGCCAUUGCCACACUUUUUUUCUGCGAAACAAAACAACAUGGCACCAUCGUCAUCCUCAAGGUUCCUCUACACAUGUCUGUCUUUUAUGUUUUUCUUUCUCAUCUCCAACAACAUUCCACCUUCUUUCUCCUCUCCAACUCACCACACAAACAAUGACCUUAGUUUUUCUUCAACGGCACAAAAACUCAUAAGAGGGCUCAACCUGUUCCCCAAAGACCCCAUUAACACACUCCAGAGUGACUCUCUUCUUGUGGCUGGAAACAUUGUGGAGAAGAAGUUAACUUUUCAUAGCCUAGUUUCUCCAGGGUCUUCUGUGGAAGAACUUGGUCAUCAUGCAGGCUAUUAUAGCCUUCCUCGUUCUAAAGCUGCAAGGAUGUUCUACUUUUUCUUUGAAUCUCGAAACAGAAAGGAUGAUCCGGUUGUGAUAUGGUUGACUGGAGGACCAGGAUGUAGCAGUGAACUAGCUUUGUUUUACGAAAAUGGUCCUUUUCAGCUUACCAAGAACUUGUCCCUUGUGUGGAAUGACUAUGGUUGGGACAAGGCAUCAAAUAUUAUAUUUGUUGAUCAACCCACUGGAACGGGAUUCAGCUAUACUUCUGAUGAGAGUGACAUUCGCCAUGAUGAAGAGGGUGUUAGCAAUGAUUUGUAUGACUUCUUGCAGGCAUUUUUCAAGGAGCACCCUCAGUUUACUAAGAAUGACUUUUAUAUUACUGGAGAGUCAUAUGCUGGACACUACAUUCCAGCUCUUGCAUCCAGGGUUCACCAAGGAAACAAAGCAAAAGAGGGAAUUCAUAUAAAUCUAAAGGGAUUUGCUAUUGGUAAUGGGUUAACCAAUCCUGAAAUUCAGUAUCAGGCUUACACAGACUAUGCAUUAGACAGAGGACUAAUUCAAAAGGCUGAUUAUAAUAGCAUCAACAAGUUGCUCCCAUCAUGCAAGCAGGCCAUAGAAGAUUGCGGCACUGAAGGUGGAGAAACCUGUGUAACUUCCUUAUAUGUCUGCAAUAAGAUAUUCAAUAGGAUAAUGAACAUUGCUGGAGAUGUUAAUUACUAUGACAUUAGAAAGAAAUGUGUGGGAGAUCUGUGUUAUGACUUCUCUGAGAUGGAGGAAUUUUUAAACAAGAAGACAGUGAGAGAUGCUUUAGGAGUUGGGGACUUGGACUUCGUUUCAUGCAGUAGCACAGUGUAUAGUGCUAUGAUGGAAGACUGGAUGAGAAAUCUAGAAGCGGGUAUUCCCGCACUCCUAGAGGAUGGAAUCAAGGUGCUUGUGUAUGCUGGAGAAGAAGAUCUCAUAUGCAAUUGGCUUGGGAAUUCAAGGUGGGUUCAGGCAAUGGAGUGGUCUGGUCAAAAAGAAUUUGGGGCGUCUGGUGCAGUCCCAUUUUUGGUGGAUGGUGCAGAAGCAGGCACGCUGAAAAGCCAUGGACCUCUCGCUUUCUUGAAGGUAUACGAGGCUGGUCACAUGGUGCCUAUGGAUCAACCAAAAGCUGCACUUACAAUGCUAAGAAGCUGGAUGCAAGGGAAACUGACAAUGACAAAGAAUGGAGAUAACGUCUCUCCUAAAUGAUGCACUCAGAGAGCCCAAAACCCAAAACCCAAAACCAUCCCUCUUCUUGCACAGAUAUUGAUGUCUUCUCCUUGUGUAUAACGGGAGGAUGGAAUAUAAUUCUUCUUUUUUUUUUUCUUGUUUCUCUUAUUAUCAUUGAAACUGCACACUGAAGAAUUUGAAACAAAUCAUGUAUCCAUGACACCAAAUCGUGUACAACUUUACACCAGAUUGUAUCGAAAGCAAAUUUCAAUUCUUGAGCAA